UCAAUAAUCACAUCCAUAUUGCCCAUUUUUCAUAAUGAUUUUAAAAAAUAUAGUUAUUGAUUUUUACCACAAAGGCGUUGAGGACGAAUAAGAAACAUAAAAUUAUGAUUAUAGUAUAGGAUUUAUUAUAAAUAAAAUAAAUUACGGCCAUAGUAUCUUAUGUUGUGAAUAUUGGUGAUAGAAUUUUAUUGUAGAAUAAUAAGAUAAAUGUAAAUAAUUUAAAAUGUCUAUAAAAGAGGAAAAUGUAGAUAUAAAAGAUAUAAAAACUGAAAAACAAGAAGAUGCAGACAGAAAGGAUCCUACGUCGUUCUUACCCGAAGAGCCAAUGACAUAUGAAAUAAAAACUAAAAAGAAGAAAAAAAAGAAAAAACAAGAAGACCCAUUUAAAGACAUUGAAGAAAAAGUUGCAUUACCGACACCGACAUAUUAUGAUCCUGUGAAUGAGGUCGAUCCUGAGCCCGUUUUGGAUCCAGAAGUUAAUAUAAAGGUUGAAAAUAUCGAAGUUGAGUUGGAUUUUAAUGAUUUCGCCAAUGAUAAUGGAUUGAUGUUAGAAGGUCCGCAAAGUGAAGAUAGUCAAGAACCGGCUGUGAAAAUCGAAGAACAAAAUCAUGAAGCAGUGUUAUUAACAUUUGAAAGUAUAAUUAACGAUAAAAGCGUCAUCGGUUUUGGACCAGUCGCAGCUCCAGCUCCAAAUUAUGUGUGCAAAGUUUGUCAUCUAGUCUUUCAAUCGACAAAAACGCUUAGAAUGCAUCAGAAAAGAAAACAUAAAGUGUUUAGGAAAUCCUUCAAAUAUAUAUGCCAUUAUUGCUCAAUGUCAUACGAACAGAAAAAUAGUCUCGUUGCCCAUAUUAAAAGGAAACAUGGACCAGAUUCAGUGAAUGAUGACGGUGAAGAGAGAACAUGUGAUGUUUGUGCGUUAGUGUUUAAAGGUAUGACGAGGUUACGUAUGCAUAUGCGGAGAAAACAUGGAUCUUUUGAAGAGUCGUUCAAGCACGUGUGCGAGGAUUGUGGACUGACGUACGACAAAUACAGAAGCUUAAUUGUACAUAUACAGAGGAAGCAUUCGAAUGAAAAAAAGCCAGUUCUAGACCAAUGGUACAAUUGUCCAUUCUGCCCUAAAGUCUUCACAAAAAGAGAAACAUACGCGAGACACGUACAAAGAAAGCAUCGUGUGAACGAUGAUGAAGAUGAAAAACCCGACGAUGAAACAGAAAACCUCUUGAAAAAUUGCAAGAACGAAGAGACGGGCGAAAUAACGUGUAAAGAAUGUCCUCUAGUCUUUUCCUCGCUCAAUUAUCUUAAACUUCACAUGAGAAGAAAGCACAAUGCGUUAAAGGAAGAUUUUCGUUUAAAAUGUAGAAUCUGCAAUUUGUCGUACGACAAAAUUGAAAGCUUAAAACGUCAUAUACGAAGAAAACACGAUAAGGGUUCUUAUUGUGACGUGUGCGAUAAACAAUUCGAAACUAGGGAUAUGUAUCUGAAUCAUUCACACAAGAGAAUGAUACAGGAAUGUAACAUUUGCGGACUAGUAUUCGCAUCUCAGGGUGGGUUGUGCAAACAUUUGCGGUGUACGCAUAAAAUACAAUCACCGAAAACAAUUGUCUGUACUUUGUGUAACGAAACGUUUCACGAUAAACGACAAUUGAAGCCACAUUAUAUGAAGGUGCAUUUGAAAGUUUCGUACACGUGCAAUUUCUGCAAGAAGAUAUUUAAAGCGAAAGAGAGUUAUAGGCGUCAUGUGCUCUUAAAACAUCCAUCAAGUAAGCCGAAAAGUGAUAAUCAGAAUUGCGAUCAGUGCGAUGAAACAUUCUCGGACGAAUUUGAAUUAUGUCGUCACAUAAACAUCGCACACGGUAAAUCGCAAACAGGAGAAAUGGGACCCCUAUCUUUGAUAGAAAUCAAAAAGGAAGAAGUCGAAAUUCCAGACACCUUCCAAUGCUCAAAAUGUCCCGAAAAUUAUUCAAAUUGGGAGCAGUUGAAACUGCAUUAUGAACAGAAUCAUCAAAUAGUACCUGAAACUCAAUGCCAAGUUUGCGGUGAACUGAUACCGGGUAACGAACUGCAGAAGCAUUUAAAAACACUACAUACGGAUACAACGGUUCAGUGUAAAUAUUGUGAAUUCGAAACGAGUAAUCGUGCCAGUAUGACACAACACAUGUUGCGUCACAAAAACGCGACUACCCUUAACUGUGAUUUUCCCGGUUGUAAAUACAAGACGUUCUACGAAGAUGCAAUGGAUAAACACAAGAGGAAGCAUGCCGAUCAGGGCGUUAAACUCCAGUGUUCCCAAUGUCCGUUUCAAACGAUGAACAAGUAUAUACUAAAAUAUCACGAAGAGGCCCACGUUACGGGGAAGAAAAGGUAUUCCUGUGAUCAAUGCGAUUACGCAACUAUAUUGCCAGCGAACUUAGUUCAACACAAAUAUAAACAUUCCUCCGAGAAGAGGUUCAAAUGCGAAGUUUGUCCAUUCGCAACAAAGUACAAUACGUCGUUACGUUUCCACGUUAAGAAGAAACAUUGUGAUCUCCCAACAUUCAGUUAAAUGUUAAUGUUUUUUGAAAAUUUAAAUAAUAUUUGGUGUUAUGUCUUUAUAAAUUUGAUUUAUUAAAACAAAAAUAAUUAUAUGC